GGGUAGGGGAGAGAAAUGGCUGCACGUUUUAGUUAGUUUUUAUAGUUGCACACGUUUUCCUUAUUUAGAUCCACAUUCACCAACCGCAAAUGCUUCCUCUCCCUCUCUCUCUCUCAAUCUCCUCGGGACCUACGAGAAUUGGCUGUCAAUUCACAUCUCAAGAACAACGACGAACAGGUUUCUGAGCUAGGAUCUACUUGAGUCAUCGGAGACAGGGAUUGAGAAUCGAUUGCUGCAUAAAUUUUGGGGGAUUUGCGUGCGAAUUUUUUGUUUCAACUUCUCUGGAAUGGCCGCUGCUGUAGCGUGUAAGCGGGUGGGGCAAUUUGGAACCACUUCAGGGAUUGGAUUUUGUAGAUUUAGAGGUUUUGCUGCUGCGGACGUGGUGAAUAGGUCCUCUUAUGAUCCCUUAGCGGCUCGAUCAUCGAUUCCUGUGGCUUCAAUUUUGCAACAUAGACAGAUUUCUCAGCUCUCCAAUUCUAAUGGAAGUAGAUUGUUUCUCGUUGACACUCUAGCAUUGGUUAGGAGAUUAGAGUCACAAGGUCUGCCCACUAAGCAAGCUGAGGCGAUAACUGCUGUCAUAACUGAAGUUCUGAAUGACAGCUUGGAGAACGUGUCUCACUCAUUUGUUUCAAAGGCGGAAGUGCAGAAAAUUGAAAUGAUUCAAGAAGCUAAUUUGUCCAAAUUCAAAUCUGAAGUUCAAAGCUUGCAGAAACACCAUUUUUCUUUGUUGCAACGCGAGGCUGAAAAACUUCAGAAUGAUAUCGAAAAGUUGCGCAAUGAAUUCAGGUAUGAAAUUGACAAAGUGACUGCAGGACAACGAUUAGAUUGGAAUCUUGAAAGAGGAAAAAUAAGAGACGAGCUAACGGACCAGAGUGCUCAAACUUCAACCCUUACUAACAAACUUGAUCGGGAAAUUCAUGCUUUGAGAGCUCAAGUGGAGGCCGCAAAGUAUGAGGUGAUUAAGUAUUGCAUCGGUACCCUUGUGUCAAUCUCCGCUGUUGGUCUUGCUGUUGUCCGCAUAUUUAUGUGAGGGUUCUGUAACCCAAAAACAGGAGAACGGCUCAUUUUUUUAUUGAAGCUAUUGUUCUCUUGUGGAAUAUGAAAAGAGAAUAUCAAGAAAAAUUGUAUCAUUGUCUUGCUGUGAUUCAAUACUAGAAAUAUAAAAUUAUUAGUUCAAUUUCAUAAGAGCCCAAUCUUGACCAAGAGA